AUGUCACAGUUAAUCCCAGACUGGUUAAGAAUAAUCCUCCUCCUGUUCAGCGGGGCUUCCUACCUGCCCCAGCUGCACCGUAUCUGGGUGCACAGGGAUUGCCAGGGCAUCUCACUCGGCAACCUAUUGCUCACCCUCAUCACUGCGACUGAACAACUCACGCUCGGAUUCUUCUUCCUGGUGAAUAACACGCAAGAGUCGGACUUUUUCAUUGAAAACCCGCCGACAACCGGCGACUGGCUGAACCUGGCCCAGUUCACUCUUGUUUGGGCCCUUCAGCUUCUACUCUUUAUACUGUGUCUCUGGUUCCCAUCCGGUAGUCGCGUCUGGUACAAACUUGGACUACUGGCUGUUUAUAUCCUAUUCACCUCUAUUUCCCUCAUGCCCCUUUUCAUUGAUGACAUCAACCAUGAGAUCUUCGGACCCCUUGACGACCCCUAUCGCAAAUGGGCCGAAGCCCUCUUCGGCGGCUAUCACCUCCUUUUUCUGAAUCCGAUCGUUACAAUCAUGGCCCUAUUCGCAUACUCCUUCCAAGCGCGAGCGAUACGUACGCUGCCCGCAGGAGAUCUAAAAGCCCUCAGUCUCCGGGGGCUUCUGACCCAGGGUGUUAUGUUUGUCGUGGUGGCAAUUUCCUGGACAAUGCGGGUGAAGUUCGCAUCGUUUGGGGAUGUUAUUUUGUACGGGGCAUUCUGGAGCUGGUACCAGAUGGUUGGGUGGGCAGCGGUAGAUAAUGCGAUAUUUGCACUGGGGCAAAUAUUUUUGUUCGUUUUGGCGAGAGAUUGGGGGACAGUGAAGGCGGCUGAUGAGGAGAGGGAGCCUCUGCUGAGAGUUGGGCUCUAG